AGUAGUUGCAGGGUUUAGCUGUGUUUUGAAAAGGUUAUCCCGUUUGUCAUUACUGAAAGGACUAUGGAUCCGGAAAAAGCUCGAGUUCACGGACCGAUCCAGUCGGACUUAUUUCGAUACACUUCUCGUGAUACUAUUUUAUAUGCUCUAGCAGUUGGUGCAAGUGUGGAAGACCAAUUACAAUACUUGUUCGAAAAUCACAAUGAAUUUGCAGCAUUGCCUACAUUUAUUAUUGGCCCAGCAUUGCAAGCCACCAUUACCGAAAUCGGAGAAUGGCCAGGCAUACCUUUCGACUUAACAAAGAUACUGCACGGAGAGCAGUACUUGGAGCUAUUUACUCGAGUGCCAACGGAAGGUGAACUACGAUCUGUUGUAAGCAUUCCGGCAGUGCUUGAUAAAGGCAAAGGAGCAGUAAUUCUCGUAGAAGUGAUAACUUAUGAUGAACUGACAAAGACUAAAGUUGCGAAACAACAAAUCAGCCUGUUCCAACUUGGGUCCGGUGGAUUUGGUGGUUCAAAAACGUCAGAAUACGAAAUACCGUGCCAACCGAUACCGCAGCGUGUUCCUGACUAUGUUACCGAGCAAGCAGUUGAUGUAUCUCAGGCGGCGUUUUAUCGACUAGUUGGUUAUGAUCCAAAUCCACUGCACAUCGAUCCACAGUUUUCUGCUUUGUUAGGUUUUCAGAAGCCCAUUUUACAUGGCCUUUGUACUCUCGGUUUCUGUACAAGGCAUGUCCUAAAAACAUUUGCUGGUGGCAGUGACGAAUAUUUCAAAAGUGUCAAGGUCCGUUUUGCUAGUCCUGUAACACCGGGACAAACACUUCGAACGGAAAUGUGGAAAGAAGGACCAAGAAUACAUUUUCAAGCAAAGAUAAAAGAAACAAAAAAGAUAGUGAUAGCAAACGCUUUUAUCGAUCUUCAUGAAGUGCCAGAAAGUGUGAUUAGCAAGGUAAGCAAGUAAAAGAUAUAGUUUUAUCCAGUUUGGAGCUCAGAAGAUAGUUUCGUUGCUGUUUAUGGUUUCAUUAUCUUCCGCAAUGUUUAAAUUGAUAUCGUCGGUUAUGACAAUAUAAUGACAAGUAAUUUGUAUAUCAUUUAACUAAUCACUCAAAGUUGUAUGGAAAAAUCGUCCGAUACUUAGAGAUCAUAAUGCCAUUGUUUGAUUCCAUUCAAACUUAAGUUGUUUUCGGAAAAAUCAGACCAUUAUAAAAGAAUAUCAUACAACACAACAGUUUUAUAUUUUUCCAUCUAUCCAUCCAUUCCAUUCUACUAUUUUUCUUACUAAUUCAGCUUCCAUUCAGUGAC